AUGUCUGGACGUCUGGUGAGCCGGUCCAACACUUCCAGCCACUUGAACCAUGCCAACAAUGUGUCCUUAGCCCAGACUCCAGGCUGGCCCCAUGGCCCCAACGUGACCCGGGCCAAAAGUCUCAAGCGCCCCCACACCCCGAGUGGCUCGGCAGAGUUCAGUACCUGCAGCAGCCCCUCCGAGCAGUCCGACAACCCCAGCUCCCCCAGACUUCCAGUGAGGAAAAUCUGCAUGGGCCGCCCCUACAACUCCAAGUGUGUAGAGACCAGCCACCUCGCAAACCACCCCAAGGUGUCCAGGAGGCGCGCUUGCCGCAGCAGCCCCCACUGCCUGCUCUGGACGGAUCGUCCCUCGGGCCUCUGUAGCCCCACCUUCCUGGACCAACUCAUCAAAGGCAUCAACUACCUUGACAGAUCCACCACUGCCUUCUAUACCAACUGCCCCAAAUCAUCCCUGAGGCUGCCGAGGCUUGCCGCCAACUACCUGGAAAGCGCCGCCAACUCCAUCCACCUGGACCACCCAGACCACUCGUUCCCCCGCAGUUACUCCAACCCCAGCACCAGCAUGGCCGCCUUUGACAACUCCGCCAACAUGUGCAUGGUGCCGUCCACCAGGGGUGUCAGCACCCUGCAAUGUGUGGAUGAGUCUGCCAACGCCAGUUACUCACGCCGGCUUCAAAGCCGAAGACUCACGCCUGAGCUGCCGCAGAGGCCAGGGAUGAAGCUGCCUGAGCUCCCCUUGUUCGGCAAUGGGAUCUUUUCCUCAGGCCAUCUGCCCAAGUUCUGGGAGGCAAUCUGCUCCGGCUGGAGAGCCCCCGAGCCCAUCUCCAAACCCUGUAGCUGGUGGUAACAUCGACCAGGAAAUGGGUACGUGUCCAUCAGGCUGCAGUUGUAGAAAAUAAAUUGUCUGUGGC